AUGCACCUCCUGUCCCCAAGUGCCUUCUUUGCAUCAGUACUGUCCCCAUUGGCAUUGUUCACUCGUAUUUUAUCGCCAGCGGCAUUCAGAGCAGAAAUCUUAUCACCAGACGUACUGAGUGCUUACAUCCUAAGUCCUGAAACAUUGUUAACUGAAGUUUUAUCACCAGCGUUUUUAAAUUUGAGAGUUGGAAGUCCUAGGUUGUUGACGGUCGAAAUCUUGAGUCCAAGUGAGUUUUUAGGAACUUGAGUAGGAUAGUUGAAGUUACAUUAAUAAGUUUAAUUUAUAAAAUUGAUAAUGAUAACAGAUAAAACAAGAAAUUUUUCUGUAUUUUAAAAAAUCAGCUUAAUUUUGAAUAUUAUAGCGGUCUUAUCUCCCCACAUUGGAUCUCCUGAAUCUAUGGGAGUACGCGUACUAUCACCUAGCAUCUUAUCUCCACAUAUCAUGAGUGAUGGUCAUUGGAAUGUUGAAGUAUGUUCAAAAACAACGUAAAGCAGAGUAGAAUAUUUUAUAGUAGCGUAGCGUAAAGUUAAAAAAUGAAAUGUAUGAAAGCGCAGUGUAGGAUAAAGUAUGGUAGGGUAUAAAAGAGUAUUGUUUCUUCAGUCUUUAACAAUAUGAGUUUUAGAUCCUAUCACCCCACUUGUUGAGCGGUCACGGUGAACCUGGGCAUGAUACGGAAGAGAAUCACCAUUUAAGCCCUGAACAUCAUCAUGGUCACAUGGACAAUUUGUACGAACAUCUAGUCAAAAUUCAUAAUUAUAUCUUGAAAUAA